AAAAGAACAGUAACAACAACAAUCUAUUUUACUACAAUAAAUUAUAAGCCAAUCAAAAAUAAAUAAAUAAAAAGAACCAGCAAUUUUCACUUUUCCUAUUCUUACUUAAAUUAUACAUUAUGCCUUCUAUUCCAUCAACGAGACAAAAAACAUUUAAAAGUUCAAAAGAAGAUGCCAUUCAAUGGAGUUUAACAAAUCAUCAUUCAAAAACUUAUCUAGAAACAACAAUCUGUAAAUACAGUAAAAGUAAAUCAACAUUGGAUGUAGCAAAAAAAUUCAUAAAGUUAUUAAAUAAUGCAAAUAAUGAAUCAGAUAAAAUAACAGAAAUUAUAAAAGACAUUACCUGUCUCUAUCAAACCAUUUCUUUCAAUUCUAAGCAAUUUCUUGAGUAUAUUUUUGAACAUGCAACAAGUAGCAAUAUACGAAUACUCGUUUUAUAUUCUAAAAUUGUUUCUCAGUUACAAGUUCUUGCCCUAAGUACAAGAUUAAUACUUUCUUAUGUACCUCAUUUAGAUGAAACUUUAAUUAGACUAAUUUCAUUUGAAGAAAAUGAAAUAGCUGAAGAUAUACGUCAUAAAUUAAUCAUGAAAGGUGGACGACAAUUAGUUAAUUGGAAUGAAUCAAUGCAAAUAGACCAUGUUAAGUUUAUGUUAUACUUGUUGAAACAAGAAAUAACAUUUGAAGAUCGGCAUCUAGUUUUAGUGCAAUUGUUAAAGCUGAGUAACAUGGGUACUACUACAACGCAGGAUAUGUAUCACAACUUACAAAAAGUCAAGACAAAUAUUCCAAUUGGAAAUUGAUAGAUCUUAUUUUGCAUAGUCUUCAAUUAAAUUCAAUAUCCGAUGAGACAUUGGAUCUCUAUUUCUUGCUUUAUAUUUACCAAAGUGGAUGUCAAGAGUUAGUGAUGAAUGGGAAUGACGUGAUACGUAUUUCAGAUAUUAUCCAAACGUUGAAUGAAGGAAUCAUAAAGUCGCUUGAAAAAGGAGAAGGACAAGAGUUAAUUCUCAUUCUGACAUUGGCCCAAUUUGUAUUAGAGCAAAUGUAUGGAAGUGUAGGCUAUAGUUAUGCUAAUUGGUUUGAUGUUAAGUAGU